ACAGCAACAAACAGCGUGCACGGCCGUCAGUGGUUUAACGGUGCAUCUUCGAAUUUCUUUAGUUUUAAAAGUGAUCCUUACAGAAAGUACCGGACUAAUCAUGAAAACCAACCCAAACAUCAAUCGUUCUCGUAAUGGUGCUGGGCAGGGAGGGGGCAAAAGCUUCCACAACAGAGAUAAGCCCAAAAACGAUCGGUUCUUCAAAAAGAAGUUCGACAAGCCAAAACGUGACGGAGGUCCCGCUGGUAAGCCAUGGAAACGUCCUGGUGGAGCUGGGGGUGGACGAGACGGAGGAGCUGACGAUUCUGGCAGAGUUGGCAAAUUCCAGCCCAGAGGGGGCAAACCGUUCCAACAAAGAAACAAACCAAGCCAAGGUAUGAGGCAACGAGGCGGUGGCGGCGGAGGUGCACAUCAUGGACAACGGCCACGUGGUGGGCCAGGGGGACACCAUCAACAGCGGCCACAGCAUCAUCAGGGGCAAAAUCUUCAGAGGCAGCAGCAUCAUCAGGGGCAUAAUCAACAGCAGCGGCAGCAGCACCAACAACGUCAGGGACAGAAUCAAGAGCACCGACAGCAGCAACAACAACAGCGUUCCAGUCCCAAUCUGGACGCACUGUUUACGGCAAAACCAGAGAAACUGGACUACUGUUUGGCCCCGGAACGAUUGGAAGCGCAAGCCCGUGCCAUCAAGAGAUACGAGAAGGAGGAUCGAGAGGAGGAACAUCAACGGAAGCAAAGCGAGAAGCAACGCAAGCACAAGAUGAUGACCAUGAAAACCAAGAAGGGCCAACCGGUGAUGCAAGGCCGAAUGGAGCUGUUGUACGAGAAGGUGCAGAAGAUGGUCGGCCAGGGUUAAGUACGGGUCUAGAGUUAUGGGAUUGGGCUUACGCCUAGUUUGUGCAUUCAUAGAUUGAUAAGAUUGAUGCCAAAUAAAGCAUUGCAGAGAUUUA